AUGUUCUGCAAGAAGCUUCACAUCAAUCCAGAUAUAUUUGAUGACAUCCUAGAUCAAAUUUCUGGGCAUGCCAUUUUCACCAAUUGUUCAAACAAUGUGCAGCUCCCCAUUGUGGUCCAACUCACAAUAUUUCUUAAUCGUGUUGGCCACUAUGGUAACACUGUAUCUCCGGAAGAUGUGGCUCAGUGGGCUGGUGUUAGUGUUGGCUCGGUAAUUAAUUGCAGCAAUUGUGUCAUGGUCGCCAUUCUUGAUCUCCAUGAUAUGUUUAUUACCUUCCCCACUCUUGACUCUGAUGAUGCAGAGCAUGCAUGCAAAUUUGUUGAGGCAAAAUCAUGUCUUGAGUGGAGAAAUGGAAUCUUUGCAGUCGAUGGCCCCAUAAUUAAUCUAUAUGAAAAGCCCGGUCUUUAUGGUGAAGCAUUUUAUGAUAGGAAAUCAAAUUAUUCUCUCAAUUGUCAGGUAUCUUUUCCUCUUAUUUUAAUAGUAUGA